GCAAAAUAAGAAGCUAAAAUAAGCCUUUGUUUAAAAGCCUAUUUACACAUAUGAUUUAUUACAAUGGAAGCAUGAAGCUUUUUGCAAAAAUUAUAUCUACUGAAAAUGUUUGAUAUAUUUUUAGAAGUGAACCACAUUCGCGCCGAGCUAAUUGGAAUAAUAAAAUAAUUUUGGGCACUAAACGAUUGUGAAAAACGAAGGCCAUCGUUACAACAUGGUGGAUUCGCAAUGAGUGAACAGCAAUUUUUGUUAAUUCCAGCGCUAGACUAAAUAAUUGAAGCGUUAAGGGAAAAAACAAUAUUUUCAAAUGCUAUAAGCAUUUCGUUCGUAAAAUAUCUGCGAGGAACCCAGAGGAAAUGUAACCUAUAAGAUUCGGCGCAUCGGAGUCGUACUCCUAUAGACUUAUACACAUGGUAGUGCUUAAAUUUGUGAUUUAACUUGAGUGAAAAUCUGGCUAAUAAAUUAGCAAGUUUUUUAAGGACCAAUUCAAGCGAAGUUGGUAGCAUAUCCAAAACUUGCACCACUUAAGAAAAAGAUAUUAACUAAUACUUAGGAGGAUUUAUCCUCCGAUAUUCAACCGCAGCUGCGUCCUUUAUUGGCGGCCCAAGGAGUCGUCGCCACACGCACCAAAUGAUUAUGACGAUGAUGCAGACGGGGAGGUCCUGGCAACAGGAAUCGGAUGCGGAGCAGCGAAAACAACAUAAGCAGCGAUGGCGACCUGAUGGGGCACACAUAUCAGCGGCUUACGACCUCAACAGUGAUAAUGACGACGGCCACCACAGGGUGGUGCAUAAUCAAAACAACGGCAGCCCAAACAGCUCUCCGAAUAAGAGCACUUCCGCCUUCCGACAGCGGCAACCGCACCGCCCACCCACCGGACAACAACCGCCCCGGCUGCCCUGUGCCGUAACCCACUUCUCCGGACACUGGACAACGCUGCUCAUCCUGCUCACUCUGCUCUCCGCCUCGGCGCUGACAGCCUCCGCCAAUGUCACCAGCACCAUCAGUCCGCCCAUCAACGGCAGCAGCACCGAUUACAUCCUGCUCUAUGGCGACUCCACCACACCCCUCGUGCCCGCCCUGACCACCGGACUCUCGGGGGACGGAAGUGGUGCGGUCAUCGAGGACGAGGAGGAUGCGGAGAAGGCCAGCGAGUACAUCUUUGAUCGCACCGAUGUGCGCAUAAUAUUCAUCACACUCUACACACUGGUGUUUUGCUGCUGCUUCUUUGGUAACCUCCUUGUUAUUUUGGUGGUCACAUUAUCACGACGACUGCGCUCAAUAACCAACUUUUUCCUGGCCAACUUGGCGUUCGCCGACUUCUGUGUUGGACUCUUUUGUGUGAUGCAGAAUCUGUCCAUCUAUCUGAUAGAGAGCUGGGUCUUUGGCGAGUUCCUCUGCCGCAUGUACCAGUUUGUCCACUCCCUGAGCUACACGGCCUCCAUUUUCAUCCUGGUUGUCAUCUGCAUGGAGCGCUACUUCGCCAUCGUACACCCCAUCACCUGCAAACAGAUCCUAACUGCGGCUCGUCUGAGGAUGGUCAUUGUCACAGUUUGGAUUACAUCGGCAGUUUACUCCACGCCCAAGUUUGUUUUCAGCAAGACCAUUAAGAACAUCCACACGCAGGACGGCCAGGAGGAGGAGAUUUGUGUCCUGGACCGCGAGAUGUUCAACUCCAAGCUGCUGGACAUGAUUAACUUCGUGCUCCUCUACGUUAUGCCGCUCUUGGUGAUGACGGUGCUGUACAGCAAAAUCGCCAUCGCCUUGUGGCGCAGUUCGCGCGGCCUCACGCCGCAUGUGGUGCAGCAUCAGCAUCAGCAUCAGCAGCCGCAGCAGGCAUCCUGCCAGGACAUUGGCAUGGGUAUGCACAACAGCAUGUACCACCACCAUCAGCACCACCAUCACCACCACCACCAGCACCACCAGCUGCAAUCGGCGGCUGCGUCGGCAGGAGUGGCGGGAGUGGGCUUGGGUGGUGGUGGCGGGGGCGGUCCUGGUCCGUCACUCGCUUCCGGCGGCAGCAGCACCACGUCCUUGUCCCGCAAACAGAGCAGUAAAUAUGAGAAGCGCGGCGUCAGCAUCACGGAGAGCCAGCUCGAUAAUUGCAAGGUUUCCCUGGAGGCCGAUCGUCCCAUUGUCAGUGCCUGCCGCAAGACGAGCUUCUACCACCACGGCCACGCCCACCACCAGCGGGCGGGCAACACCUCAGUGGGCGGCGGCGGAGGCGGGGCCGGAGCCACCCACAUGUCCCACUCGUCCAGCAACGUCCUACGCGCCCGGCGCGGCGUUGUCCGCAUGCUGAUAAUAUUCGUGCUGACAUUCGCCCUCUGCAAUCUGCCGUAUCAUGCCCGCAAAAUGUGGCAGUACUGGUCACGUUCGUAUCGCGGUGAUUCCAAUUUUAAUGCGCUGCUAACACCGCUCACCUUUCUGGUCACGUACUUCAAUUCGGGCGUAAAUCCCCUUCUCUACGCCUUCCUCAGUCGCAAUUUUCGGAAGGGCAUGAAGGAGCUGCUCCUCUGCUCCUGGAAGAAGGGCAAGGGCAAGUCCUCCUCCAACUCAUCGAUGCACCACAAGCGCAAGGCGCUGCAGACCCACUCGCUGCCCACGGACACCACCCACAUUGGGAACGAGCAGCUAUGAUGGCCACGCGGCUGGAGGAGGCCCCUCAAGCUCUUCGGGCGCCGCUCCUAGAACGCAGCCCAUCGAAGGAUGGACCCACUUCCUGUCCGUUAGCUAGUACUUCAUUGUGAUCUUGGUAGCCAGCCUAUCGCUCGGAUCGAGUCGGCGGCCAAAGCGGAACUGGUGUCAAGUUGUAUUGAUAGAGUAAGCCAAUUCUUAAGAGAAAACCAAUUAAAUUACAUGCAGCUCCUGGAGCAUUGCUCUCAAGUUCUUAGUCUAAGGAUAUGAUUUAAUGCGAGUCUGCAUCAAUAAAUAAAUUAAGCAGCAAGGAUCAUUACUGCUUGAAAAUAGA